AUGAGAGUGAGGGUAAAGCGGACUCUCAAGUCGCUCAACGAUCCACAUACCAUAACAAGAAGAAAUUUCGAGUCUCCAUCAAAUUCUGAGGACAAAAUUUCGGGUCUCCAUAAUCCGGAUGUUUUUAUCCAUGGGAUUGUCAACGGGGCCUACAAUGCACCUUUCUUCGUAACCCAGUUUCGAGAGGCUUUGUUUCAUUUCUCUGCAAUAUUUGAUAUACUUGAAACCAUUGUACCCCGUGAAGACCGUGAGAGGAUGCUGAUUGAGAAAGAGAUCAUUGGCCGGGAGGCCUUGAAUGUUAUAGCUUGUGAGGGCUGGGAGCGAGUUGAGAGACCAGAGACUUACAAGCAGUGGCAAGUCCAAAACCUUAGGGCUGGGUCCAAAACCUUAGGGCUGGCUCAAGGGACAGCUGGUGGCUUGAAGGGGGCAACACAAAGAGUGAGAUCCAAUUACCAUAAAGAUUUUGUAAUUGAUGAAGACAGCUGGUGGCUUUUGCAAGGAUGGAAGGGAAGAAUCAUCUAUGUCCUUUCUGCUUGGAAACCUGCAUAGUGAUCUUGCAUUUGUGAUAACCAGAGCCUGGAUUCCGUCUCUCACUUUUUUG